UCUGCCUGGAGCAGCAGGGGUACCGGGACAAAGCAAGCAAUUGUGCUGAGAAGUCUUGUUUGCAUGCAGCAAUAUUUAUGAGGUGGGGAGGGGAGAUGGUGGAGAACAGAGUAAGAUUGGAGCAGCAACAUCUAAACAGAGCCCCUUUGUUUAUGACAGACCUAAGUGAAGAAGGGAAUAUUACUUUUUGUUUCUGAAAACCUGGUUGGAAUGCAGGCCAGUUGGCUGUUAGAGCCAAUUUGUCAAAUAGUUCAGCUGAUCAGCGUUGUGCUUCUUAAUUAUGUCACAGUUUCAUCUCAGAGUUAGGGCCAGGAGCAAGGUCUCUUUGCGCCUCUGUCUUCAGAAACUUGGACAGAAACAUUCCCACCCUCCUGCGGUUUUAAAAGCAAUUGGCCUGCAGAGAACUGGGAAACAAGAUGAGGCAUUCAUUCUGGCACAAGAAGUGGCAGCCCUUGAACCUACAGAUGACAAUUCAUUGCAAGCUCUGACUAUCCUAUAUCGAGAAAUGCAUCGACCUGAGCUGGUGACAAAACUCUAUGAAGCAGCUGUGAAGAAAGUCCCUAACAGUGAAGAGUACCAUUCCCACCUUUUCAUGGCUUAUGCAAGAGUUGGGGAGUACAAGAAGAUGCAACAGGCUGGAAUGGCACUUUAUAAGAUUGUUCCCAAAAACCCAUACUAUUUUUGGUCAGUGAUGAGUUUGAUUAUGCAGUCAAUCUCUGCGCAGGAUGAAAAACUCUCCAAGACCAUGUUUUUGCCCCUGGCUGAGAGGAUGGUUGAAAAAAUGGUGAAGGAAGAUAAAAUUGAAGCUGAGGCUGAAGUUGAACUUUACUACAUGAUUCUAGAACGCUUGGAAAAAUACCAGGAAGCUCUGGAUGUUGUGAGAGGAAAACUAGGAGAGAAGUUAACCAGUGAGCUCCAGAGCAGAGAGAACAAGUGCAUGGAGAUGUACAAAAAACUGGGCAACUGGCCGGAAUGCAAUGCUCUCUCGAGACAACUUCUGCUUAAAAAUCCAGAUGAUUGGCAGUUCUAUAUUAUUUACUUUGACUCCCUCUUUCAACUGAUCGACACAGCCUGGAGUCCUCCGGCUGAAGGAGAGCACUCUCUGGAAGGCGAAGUACAUCACAGCACAGAGCAGGCCGUGGCUUUCGUAGAGCAGAGGAUAAUCCAUGAAGCCAACAGUGUCCGCCCGCUCCGGGGACCUUACCUGGCCCAGCUAGAGCUGAUCCGGCGCUUGCGGCACCGAGGCUGCAGCGAAGAGCACAGAUUGGGUGAUCCAGAAGAAUUAAUGUUCCAAUAUUUCAAGCGUUUUGGGGACAAGCCCUGCUGCUUUACUGAUAUCAAGGUGUUUGUCGACCUCCUCCCUCCAACCCAGUAUACAAAGUUCAUCAACCAGUUGUUGGGCAUCAUCCCCUUGUCUCCACCAACCGAAGGUGCGCUUGCGUUCCCAGCGAGCACUAGAGCGCUGCAGCAACACUUGUGUGUCGUGCAGUUGACCAGGUUGCUUGGCCUUUACCAUGCGAUGGACAAGCCACAUAAGCUGGCUGCUGUCCGUGACUUGAUGCUGCGGUAUCGACACGGACUGGAUUUUGGCAAAUCCUGUUUGAAGACAGAGUUGCAGUUUUCCGACUACUAUUGUCUCCUUGCUGUCCAUUUACUCCUUGACAUCUGGCUCGAGGCAGGUGAAGAGGCAGCUUCCUGGCGGUGCUUGGCGUUGCUGGAGGAAGGUCUGACCCACAGUCCCUCCAAUGCUCAGUUCAAGCUGCUGCUCAUCCGAAUCUACUGCAUUCUCGGGGCCUUUGAGCCAGUUGUGGAGCUCUACUCCAGCCUGGAUGCAAAGCACAUUCAGCAUGACACAAUUGGUUACUUGCUGACCCGCUAUGCUGCAGCCUUUGGUCACUACGCUGCCGCGUCGCAGUCCUGCAACUUUGCACUCAGGUUUUUCCACUCCAACCAGAAAGAUACCUCAGAAUACAUUAUCCAAGCCUAUAAAUAUGGUGCAUUUGAAAAGAUCCCGGAGUUCAUUGCUUUCAGGAACCGACUGAACUCCUCGCUUCAUUUUGCACAAGUCCGCACCGAACGGAUGUUGCUGGACCUGUUACUUGAAGCAAAUAUAUCAACCAGUUUAGAAGAAAGUAUAAAGUCCAUGAGCCUCAGUCCCGAAGACGACGACAUUCCCUGGAAUGAUCUGCAAGAUAACCGAGACCUCACUGUCUUGUUUAAUUGGGAUCCAAAAGACAGGUGCAUUUCUGAAGACAACCGGAGGCUUUCCUUGGAGGAGGAGACCAUCUGGUUGCGGAUCCGGUCCCUGACGCUGCGGUUGAUCAGUGGCCUGCCGGCACUUAGCCACAAAGCUCAGCCACGGAACUCAGAGAGGAACACAGAGAACGGUGUCUCCUCCAAAAUUGACACCAUCCGGGCUCUGCUGCAGCAACUGGACGCUGCCGUGAAUUCGGGGAAACGCUUUCUGGAGCAGAAGAUCCAGUAUCCAGUCCUUGGUCCUCCUCCUUCUCGAAUGGCCCGUUACUUCAGCAGUGGGAGCUGCCAGUGCCAGACCAGCUUGUUUAAUCUUGUUAGUGAAAUUCAUGACCUUGAUACCAACGGUUUAGAAGAUUCAACAGCAAUUCAAGAGAGAAUAGGAAAUAGCUUGACAUCAUUAUUAGAACAACUAACAGAUCAGUUCAAUAAAUGCAAAGGCGAUCUCUUGGAAGUGAGGGAGAACAGCGUCAAAACGCAUCCAAAUAUUCUAGAAAAUCUUGUCUUCUUUGUGGAGACCGUUUCCAUUGUCCUGUGGGUCUGUGGUUAUUCGGACACCAUUCUCCGGCCCUGCCGGUCAAGCCUGCAGAAAAAGAAGAAGAAGAAAAAAGAGAGCAACAUCACAAUGCCUCCAGUUUUUGCCAGCUUCCAAGAAUACCUUUCUGGGCUUCAGACACUCACUUCCAAUGGGAUCGAUCAUAUCAAAGGGCUUGAAAUUACUCUCACUGCACUUAAACUUGAAGAGCUGUCUAUAGAGGACGACUUACUGUUGCAGGAAGAAAAGAAGUUUACAAAGAUUGCGCUAGGGAAGGUCCAGAGCAGUUACCAGCAUGCAGUUCAGGAAAUGGGAGAGCUGCUUAAAAAGAGACUUGACACCAUCAAACACCUGAAGGUGUGAGGAAGCACCACCCAGGCGCCGCCAGAAGGCAGGGAGCGAAGAGCUGACGCCAGACAACGAAAGGAGCCUCACCCGCCACCCCUCUGACAUCGAAAUCUGGAACUUCCUCACCAAUGCAUGAAGGACUUUUAUCAUAAGAUAGUUUUUUUAUGUAUUACAAAGUUAUAUUCAAGUGAUUAAAUUAUUGUACAUAAAAUUGAGGCGCAGGGACCCUCCUCCGUCAGGGUUAGACCACUUUUUAUACACGUUCAUAAUAAGCCUAUUGUAACUGAAGCAAAAACCCUUGAACUUGUUUCGCUUCCCUUUGUGGGUGGAGAGGGAGCCUUCUCCUGAAACGCUUCUGGGGGUUUUGACGUCUUUAGAAGCAGCAAUAGAAAUCCAGUGUAAAGCAUAUUUCAAAGGAGUUUGUAUUUUCUUUUUUCCAUCCCAUGAUGCAGCGUUUCUAUUUUUGUGUCUCCGUUUCUUGCCUUAGGAAAGCAGAAGUUGAGAGGGGCCUGUGCUCAGCUGUGAGGCUUUGAGCCGCUUACUGCUCCUCAGGCCUUUUCCCCUUGCUCUCUUCAUAGGCCCAACUUAGUUACGUUCCCAGAGGGUUGAAUAGGAGGCCUGCGCAAGUUCGGUUUUUAACCUUUUUGUGUGUUUGCCCCCCACCUUAUAAAGAAAGAAACACUAUACGGAAGCGGUAGGAUGAGUUGAUUCAUACCGAAAUAGUGACCGAAGGAAGCGAUAUACUUCAUUUUGAAAUGCAGUUGACUGAAAGCAGGAACAGGUUGCUUUUCUGCCACUUGCAGCCCAGAGAGAUGACCCAUGCUAUCUGUCUUGGGGCAAAAUAGUGAUUGGUUCAUACAAUCUGGAAUGGUGUCUUCACUAUUGAGGUUUAGGACUGGAUGAACUUGUGAGCACACUUUGAGUUGCGCCUCCUGUUUCUCACGCUUACCUAAUCUUACGACAGAUGCUGAGCAUCUUUGGGGAAUGUAUGUAAGAUAAACUUAUGAUGAGGUAGACAUGUGGACAACAGGCCGCUCCAACCCAUUGCCAAAGGACUAAAUCUCAUUCCACCUGACACAGAUCUUGGUAAGGACUUGCAUCCGCUCCUGGCAGGUUAAGGGCUAUGUCUAUUGUUUGGAAGACAGACUAGGGCUGGAUCUACACUGCCAUCUAAUCUAGUUCAGUGCAGUUAAUCUGCAUUCAAAAACUGCAUUAUAUAGCAGUGUAGAUCCAGCCUAUGAUACGAGGAUUGGUCUCCAGUGUUCAGGUCAGAAGCUUUGGCUUUUGGUGACAGAUCCACAGUCUCAUGUCUAGCCAAAUACCUGCUUUGUGCCCCAUUGUGUUUGAUUUUAUUUUCAAGCUAACAAGACAAAAAUAUCCUUUCCCCCCUUUCCUGGUUGUAAUUGUGUUUCAAUACUAACCUUGUGUUGUUGUUUUUUACUGACCAGAACAAGGGAAAGAAGCAGCGGAUUGAACUCUUUUUCAAAACCGAGCAGAUACCUCCACCUAAAAACAGGUUAUGUUUGGAAGCAAGCUUUGGCAAAAUUACUGGUUUAAGAAAAAGAACAUCCAGCGAUGUAGCUUUAAUGUUUGGAGAGCGCUAGUGAUGUCAGUCAGAUUUGCUAGAAGUCAAGUGAUGGAUUUUUUCCCCAUUUGUUUCAGGACCGCUCUCCAUCUUUGUGUAGCUUCCAAGUCUAGCCAGUGUUGUGAUAGACAGAGCCUGGACUAGUCAUCUUGGACAAAAGCUAAACCCAAAUUUGGGAGUCUUUUAACCUUUUGGUCCAAAGACUCGGACCACAAACCACGCAGGUGUCCUCUUAGGGGAGACCUGUGUGGGUUUUAUUUAAAUUGCUAGAGAAGUUCUCCUCAAGAGAACAGUGUAUUCAGCAUAGUUUGACAAGAUACAAGACUGAAAUUCGGAUUUUGUCUGUAUAUGUUUCAGAACAACAGCCUCCUUUGUUUCCAGCAGGUAACUGCUUUGUGUGAGAGGCUUUUAAAAAUGUUUCCAACCAAACAUUUCUUCAUUAGGCGUCAGGGUCCAAAGUGCCUAGUCUUGCUGACCUUAUUGUGAGAUAUUUCUCCUGUUAGGAGCUGAAAUAACGUGUUUCUCAUUUCCGUGUGUUGCCCUGCAAGGGUCCCGGGAAUUGUCAGUGGGAAGUGCCAUUGAAAUGGACCGUUUGCUUAGUGUGGCUCAUGCUUGCUGUCUCCUGAGCUGCAUUCAGGCAUUGGCUCUGCUCUGGAUGAGGCUGGCAGUCCGUUUUGGCUGAAACCCAGCAUCUUUUUAAAAAUGUUGAAAGGAAUUGUUGAAAUGUGUAGUUCAGUUGCCCUUGGGGAAAUGGGCAUGCCUCGUGUUGGAGCGGAGUGGUUCCAUCUUUUUGGAGUUGCACUCAACUCCUUAGUCUUCCAUGGCUCCAAAGGAGGCUUGCCUCUGUUUGGGCCUUCCUGGCGGAGCAGGCCAAACGGUUCUGGGGCGUUCUGGAGCUCUGGGAACUGUCAAACAGAGAGGGUUCUCACUCAACCAGAUGUUUCCUUUUUGUCCCCUUUGAAUUUGUGUAAAAUGUUGUUUUAUCCCAUUUUUCCUGUGCUUUAACAUGUACCGCCAGAGUGCUAAAAGCCAACUGUUUACAGACCAAGAGACGUUUGUUCUUUAUUGCAGCCAAGGUCCUUCCACCGCUGUUUCCGGCCACCCAGUUCUUCUCCGAAAUGCAUUUUCUUGUGGGUUGGAAUGGAGGACAUCAAUCCACACAGAAAACCCUGUUGCCUGGCUGUGUUUGUUUGGAUGGAGGGGGGGAGGCAUUGUAUCUUUUUAGUCAUUUUUAACUGUUUAAAAAUUGCAUUUCUAUUUUGCGACUGUUCUGUUUGAUUUAUGGGGCGUUUUGUCUCUUUCUUGAACCUGUUCAAAGGGGGGGGGAUGUCUUUCUCCCUCCCCGGUUUGCGCCGCUUGCUCUUAAGUUAUGACUGUGGAAAGUCUGUAUGGAACAGCCUCCGCCGCCCACCGAAUUUCAGUGACGAAACUGCUAGCGAUCUGCUUUAAACUGGAUGGGUUUAUAAUUUAUAAAAAGUCGAGUUUCUUUUUAAAA